UGACCUCUCGGCGCGAGCGAGGCGACCCCAAUGCGCCCUUGCCCUAUUGUUCAUCACCAGUGAAACGUCCGAGGUUGCCGCUCCCAAGACGUAUAUCGAGCAGCGAAGUUAUAUAUAAAGCGGACCGUGCCCGGCAGCCUAUUGCACAUUCAUGAACGGCUACUGAUUCGGCGUGUCGCCACCACCGCGCUCGAGUCUCCGUGCCAGUGCACCCCCACCCUCAUUCGUGUCGCGAGCCUCUCCGUGCAUCGGCGAGUCAUGUGAAUAUCGCCUCAUCCUUGGAUGCCGCUGGCCGACGACGAGGAGAUUCGAUGGCUCCCUUCUGGCUACCGGUUGGGAUCGUGUGCAUGGCGUUGGUUCAGCACGCACAUGGUGGCCAGCAGCGUCAGCCAUCGCCAUUCGAGAUGUCGAGCAGCGUCAACAAGAACCAGCUGGACCUGGCUAAAGAGCUACUACGUCUUUUCAACCUUCACCACGUGCUUGCGUCCAUGAACGUUUCUCACAGUGUGCGAAUAGGGUCGGGUAACGAAGGUUCCUCGUUUGUUCCUUCAAACCCCUAUUGGAUUCUCAUGAACCAAACGCAGCGACGGCAGCCGGUUCGGCCAAGUUUCGUGCCGACGACGGUGAACAAAACUAGUGUACUUAAACCGAUGGGACACGACUGUUAA